AUGGGUAAAAAGUCAGGUGAUUACAGUAAGGCUGAUUUAAUUUUCAUUCCACCAAUUGGAGUUAAGUUAGAUGAUGAAUUUGCAAAUAAAUUAUACAAUUUUCUUACAGCAUCAGAAGCUAAAAUUCCUGAUGCAUGUGCAUAUCAAGUCUACAUGACUAAAAAAGAACGAAUAAAAAACAAAGUGUUUACACAAUUAGCUGGAUUUAUUCCUGAUUAUCCAAACAGAAGUUUUAGAUCUUUUGGAGGAACGUUAAUAAAAACAAAAGACCUUAAACCUAUCUCUAUUUGGACAAAUGAGAUGUGGUUUAGAAAUCGAUAUGAAGCACUUGUUCAACAUUAUUGUGAAGUUCUUGACCAACCAAUUGUUGUUUCCCCAACAAAUUUAUAUUCACCAUUAAUCGAUUUUUAA